AUGGGUUUUAACGUAAGUGCUGCCAAUACUGGAAGCCAUUCAAACUACACAACUGAGGAUAUGGAUUCCUUAUUUCACAUUUAUGUUCUGGUUCCAGUUACAAUUCUUUGCAUUUCACUAUUUUUGCUGGGCAUCACAGGAAACCUUCUAACUAUAAUAGUGUUCAAGAGAUACAGAGACAUGAGGUCAACUGUCAAUAUGUACCUUUCUAGCAUGGCUGUCUCCGAUAUUCUUAUUUUUCUAGGUCUGCCUUCUGACUUGUACAGAAUUUGGAAGUACAAGCCGUAUGCAUUUGGGAAUUUCGUCUGUAAGUUUCUUGUUUACUUGAGUGAAAGCUGCACUUACUGUACAAUCCUGCACAUCACCAUGGUCAGCAUAGAGAGGUAUAUUGCUAUAUGUUUUCCUUUGAAGGCAAAGAUCAUUAUCACCAAAAGAAGAGUGAAAAUUGUCAUUAUUCUUCUAUGGAUUUUUGCUUUGCUCACAGCCAGCCCAAUUUUGUUUCUUUUUGGAGUAGAACACCCCCCGGGAUUUCAACCUGAAGAGACCAAGGAGUGUAAAUAUACAGAGCAGUCUGCACAAAAUGGUCUUCUGCAUGUAAUGACGUGGGUUUCUACCAUAUAUUUCUUCUUACCCAUGUUUUUCUUGACAUUUCUUUAUGGCCUAAUAUGCAGGAAGCUUUGGCAAACUAGGCAUUGGGCUAGGGGCCCAGCAACUGCAAAUAGAGGGAAGUACAACAAGGCAACAGUCAAAAUGUUAGCUGUUGUAGUUGUGUGUUUCAUGCUGUGCUGGUUGCCUUUCCACAUUGGACGAAUCCUAUUUGCGUUGGCUGGGGUAGGAGAGUAUGUGUUCUUUGAAGUGACACAGUAUUUUAAUCUUCUUUCUAUGGUCCUUUUUUAUCUGAGUGCAUCUAUAAAUCCCAUGCUGUACAACAUUAUGUCAGAGAAGUAUCGGUCAGCAAUGAGGAGGAUGCUGUACCCAAAACAAGGCCUGCAGUCUGGAAGGACCAGGAGUUAUCGCUUUUCUCUGGAGGGCACAGAGCUCAGUUCUGGCAUGUAAAUUUUCAAGACAAUGUUACU